CGCGCAUGCUCGGUGCGUCCGCGAGGUCGCCGGCGCGCGCUGGCCCACGUGCGGCGGCCCCGGGGGACGUCGGGCGGUGAGGAGAUGGGGGCCGCCGCGGCUCGCGCGCUCCGCAGUUUCAACCUGGAGAACCGGGCGGAACGGGAAAUCAGCAAGAUGAAGCCGUCGCCCGCCCCCAGGCACCCGUCCACCGAGAGCUUCCUGCGGGAGCAGAUGAGCCAGCAUCCAGAAAUCAAGGAGGAAAUCGACAGGAAGGAUGACAAACUGCUGUCGUUACUAAGAGAUGUGUAUGUUGAUUCCAGAGAUCCUGUAUCUUCUCUGCAGGUAAAAGAUGCUGCAACACAUCAAGAGCCAAAGGAGUUGAGAUUGGUAAAAGGCCAUGACUUUAACAUGAUGAAUAUUAAGAACAUUCCCAAAGGCAAAAUUUCUGUUGUGGAGGCAUUGACACUUCUCAAUAAUCAUAAACUUUAUCCAGAAACAUGGACUGCUGAGAAAAUAGCAGAAGAAUACUAUUUAGAACAGAAAGAUGUAAAAUCCCUUCUCAAAUAUUUUGUCACUUUUGAAGUCAAAAUCUGCCCUCCUGAAGACAAGAAAGCAAUAUCAUCAAAAUGAAGAAAAUUUUGAAAUUAUUUUUCCUAUAUGUACUCCCAUUCGCAUGACCUGUUUAGUUUCUCGUUUUCAGCAUGUUAAAUUAUACAAAUUACUGAAUGUUUAAAGCUCCCUUCUUGGGAAAGUGUACUAUUUAUGUGGCUUUGCUGAAUUUUCAGGAUUGCUGAUAGAAUGAAUUUUGUUUUGUUGUAAAGUUUAAUUUACUUUAUGCAUAUGUUUAUAUGUAAUAUCAGCAAGACUAAUCACAUAUCUAAAUUUAUUAUAAAUAAAAAACUUAAAGUGUAAUUUUAGGCACAUCAUAUAUCAUCAGCUUUUAGAUUGGUCAUAUGACCUCUUGGGAAAUGUCCUGAAUCUCUCAUUUAACAUUCAAAAUUUUGCCGUCCAAUUUAGAUGAUUAAUUUAUUCUUCUAGUUUAUUUAUGGAAUUGUGAAAGUAAGAGUUUUCCUAAUUCUUAUGACUGAUAUUUUCUUACAAGGGAAAGGGAGACUGACUUACAAAGGAAGGGUAUAACAGUAUAUCCCAAAUGAAAGCAGACAGGAAAGUGGUAUAAAAUCAAUAGAAUAUUUUAUUAUUAUAGAGAAUAAGAGGACUUUUCUUGUUUUGAACUGUUUUAUUUUUAUAUGGAAUAACUUCUUAAAAUUAUAAAAAGGAAUUGGUAUUUACAAAAUUUUAGCAAUCUCUGUUUUGAUAGACCGAUCCAAAAGCUUUCAGAGAGGCACGCAGUCAUGGGAGCUAACAGAAAAAAGUAACAUCUCUGGAUUUAAUAUAGAAAUACAAGAAAUUGUGAAGAAGGGUUAAAUCAGAGAACCAUGGUAAAUGAAAUUUAGUGACAAAUUAUAUAUAGGUUUUCUAAUUUAAAUGCUGGUUGGAAGGAGAAAGGAAAAAAAAUGCAAGAAGAAACUUAAAAUUUGAUCACUGGAAGGGACCUGGGAAGUUGCUGCUUCGUCCAUUGAACUAAGUUAUGAGUACGAUGUGUACCAACCAGUACUAUGGUCUUGAGUGAGAUUCUGUAAGUUUAGCUGUGUCAUAUUACCAUCUGUGAGAUCUCAGGUAGAUUGUGUAACUUCUUUGAGACUGAAUUUCCUAUAUAAAAUGAGUAUAAUGCUGCCUUAUAUAAAUCUAAUAGUUAUUGUGAAGAUAAAUGAUAAUAAAGGACUGAACAAAUAGGACUUACCUUUUGCAGUUAAGAGCAGGGCUGGGGAAGUUUCAUGACCUGUUUAGGAUUAUCGUCUAGUUUUUGCCUUAGCUGGGCCCAGAAUCUAGGUUUUCAGAUUCCUAGUGGUAUGUUUUUUCUGCUAUGCUAUAAAGAGAAGCACAUUUUAAAAGAGCAGAAAGUGCAAGUUGUAGAAAUAUUAGAGAAUGUGAUAAGAAAAAUUCCAAGUUGUCUGUGUCUUUCUGAAGGAAGACAGACAUUCACUACUUGCCAGGGAUUCCCCUGGAAAUGGUAUGGGAGAUGCAGAGGAUUUCAGCAUAUGUUGGAAUAAAGCAUUUGCAAUGCUGAGAAGGGAAAAAUAGAAUGAGAUGGGAAUUUUUAAACUUGUUUUCAGCUGCAGUUCCUUUAUGUGAAUAAACUGUACUUUGUUUAUGGUUCAAAACAGUAGUCGUUUUAAGAAAACAAGAACUAUAUAGAAUUGCAUUUUAAAACUGAUAAACCCACCAUCAAAACUGUUUUCCUUUAUUAAGUAAAGGUCAAUACUUGAAUUACUAAGAUUGCUAUUUCUGAGCCAUCUUCUCUAUUCAAAUCUACACUGUGGUUGGGUGUCGGUAAAUCUGGCUGUUAUAUGGUGUCACAUGAUAAAGUAAAGUACUUCCCAAAUCUU